GACACAAACAGUCAAUAAAAAAAUAUCUGAUUACCUUUGUUAUAUAUUUUUACAAAGAAAACAAAAAAAAAAAACAAAUAAACAAUUGUUAAACGUGAAUUAAAAAGUUGUCAACUCAACAAGGUAAUUUGUUUAUUAUAUAAACAAAAAAAUGGGUGACGUAAAAUCUUUUUUGCAUCAAUGGUGUGCAAAAAAUGGAAAAGAGCCAACAUUUGACGUCAGACCAACCGGACCAAAGCAUCGUCAACGUUUUUUAUGUGAACUUAGAGUUGUUGGAUUUGAUUAUGUUGGUGCUGGUAAUUCAACAAACAAAAAAGAUGCUCAAGGAAAUGCAUCUCGUGAUUUUAUAAAUUAUUUAAUACGAGUUGGAAAAGUUAAUGCAAAUGAUGUACCAGCAGAUACUAAUACAUCAACUGUAACACAAGAAACAACACCAACACCAGCAUCAACAUCAUCAUCAACAUUAGAGCUAAAUGUCAAUGCAACACCAUUUAGAUCUGUAUUUCAAGAUGGAAUGGGACCAAAUGACAUUGGUCAAGCAUACAGACCAUAUAAUCAACAAGGACAAAAAGAUUAUACAUAUAUUGAUCGUAUUGCUGAACAAAAACGUGUUGAAGAUGCUGAAGAUGUUGAUGUUAAUGCUGGUAUUCAUGGUAAUUGGACAAUUGAAAAUGCUAAAUCAAAAUUACAUCAAUAUUUACAAACAAUUAAAGUUAAUACUGAUUAUAAAUAUACACCAGUUGGUCCAGAUCAUACAAGGAGUUUUAUGGCAGAGAUGACAAUUUAUGUGAAGCAACUUAAUAGAAAUAUAACUGGUCAUGAGACUGGUUCAAAUAAACAAACAGCAUCAAAAAGUUGUGCACUUUCAAUAGUACGUCAACUUUAUCAUCUUGGUGUUAUUGAAGCAUUUACUGGUACACUUAAAAAAAAUCGUGAUGCUGAACAAAUAAAGCCAUAUCCAGUAAAAUUAUCACCACAAUUGGUAAAUGAUAUUAAUGAAACAUUAUCAGCACUUGAAAUACAGCCAAUAAAUGUUCAUGCAGUACCAGCACCAAUGAAAGUGGAUCAAAAUAAUGAUGGUGAUUGUGGUACAUCAUCAGCACCUGGUAUAUCAUUGGUAACUGAACAUGUACUUGAUGAUUUUAUAUCAUCAGUACCACAACCAGCUGGUGUUGUAUCAUGGUCACCACCACAAGAAAAUUGGAAUCCAUGGACUGGCUGUAAUAUUGAUGAGGGACCAUUGGCAACAAUGUCUUUGGAUAAAUUAUCAAAAGAUAUGAUGGAAGAAAAUCGUGAAAGAUUAAAACAAAAUCAGGCACUUCAAGAAAGUAAUAAACAACGUUCAUCAUUGCCAGUAUUUUUAAAGAAAAAUGAAAUAAUGGCAGCAAUAAAUGAUAAUCCAGUAAUAAUAAUAAGGGGUAAUACUGGAUGUGGUAAAACAACACAAGUUUGUCAAUUUAUACUUGAUGAUUAUAUUGCAUCUGAACAAGGUGGUUAUUGUAGUAUUGUUGUAACACAACCACGUCGUAUAUCAGCAGUAUCAGUUGCUGAUCGUGUUGCCAAUGAAAGAUGUGAAAAUCUUGGUCAAUCAAUUGGUUAUUCAGUACGUUUUGAAUCAUGUCUACCACGUCCAUAUGGUAGUGUUAUGUUUUGUACUGUUGGUGUUUUACUACGUAAACUUGAGGGUGGUUUACGUGGUGUAUCACAUGUUAUUGUUGAUGAAAUACAUGAACGAGAUGUUAAUUCAGAUUUUAUAAUGGUAUUGCUACGUGAUAUGAUACAUCAUUAUCCAGAUUUACGUGUUAUUUUAAUGUCAGCAACAAUUGAUACAACAUUAUUCAGUCAAUAUUUUAAUGAUUGUCCAAUAAUUGAAGUACCAGGUAGAGCAUAUCCAGUACAAGAAUAUUUUCUUGAAGAUUGUAUUUAUUUAACAAAAUUUGUACCACCAAUGGAUUCUAAAAAACGUAAAACACGUGAUGCUGAAGAAGCAAGUUAUGCUGAUGCUGGUGAACCAGAUGAAAAUUUAAAUAAAAUAAUUGGUAAUGAUUAUGAUGAACAUACUAAAAAUUCAAUGUCACAAUUAUCAGAAAAAGAAAUAAGUUUUGAACUUAUUGAAUCAUUAUUACAAUAUAUUAAACAUCAAGGUAUACCUGGUGCUGUAUUAGUAUUUUUACCUGGUUGGAAUAUAAUAUUUGCACUUAUGAAACAUUUACAACAACAUCCAAUAUUUGGUGGUCAAAAUUAUACAAUAAUACCAUUACAUUCACAAUUACCAAGAGAAGAUCAAAGAAAAGUAUUUGAUUCAGUACCAACAAAUAUAACAAAAGUUAUAUUAUCAACAAAUAUUGCUGAAACAUCAAUAACAAUUGAUGAUGUUGUAUAUGUUAUUGAUUCAUGUAAAGCUAAAAUGAAGCUAUUUACAUCACAUAAUAAUAUGACAAAUUAUGCAACAGUAUGGGCAUCUAAAACAAAUUUAGAACAAAGAAUGGGAAGAGCUGGACGUGUUAGACCUGGUUUUUGUUUUCAUUUAUGUUCACGUGCACGUCAUGCAAGAAUGGAUCAACAUAUUACACCAGAAAUAUUUCGUACACCAUUACAUGAACUUGCAUUAUCAAUUAAAUUACUUAGACUUGGUAAUAUUGGACAAUUUUUAUCAAAAGCCAUUGAACCACCACCAAUUGAUGCUGUUAUUGAAGCUGAAGUUAUGUUACGUGAAAUGAAAUGCCUUGAUAAGAAUGACGAGCUAACACCUUUGGGUAAAAUCCUUGCAAGAUUACCAAUUGAACCAAGAUUAGGUAAAAUGAUGAUACUCGGUUGUAUAUUUAGAGUUGGUGAUGCAUUAUCAACAAUGGCUGCAAAUAGUACAACAUUUCCUGAGGUAUAUAAUUUAGGUCCUGAUAUGAGACGUUUAUCAAUGCAACAAAAAUGGUUUGCUGGUGCACGUUACAGUGAUCAUGUUGCAAUGUUACAUGCAUUUCAAACAUGGGAAGAAGCAAGAGGUGGUGGUGAAUAUGCUGAACAAAUGUUUUGUGAAUCAAAAGGUUUAAGUAUGCCAACAUUGAGAGUAACAUGGGAAGCUAAAAAUCAAUUACAAGGUUUAUUACAACAAACUGGAUUUCCAGAAACAACAUUAUGUCCAACACCAUUAAAUUAUCAAGCUGGUGCUGAUGUUAGAUUAGACACAAUAACAGCAUUAUUAUGUAUGGGACUUUAUCCAAAUGUAUGUUAUCAUAAAGAAAAAAGAAAAGUUCUAACAACUGAAUCAAAAGCAGCAUUAAUACAUAAAACAUCAGUUAAUUGUAGUAAUUUUGAUCAAAAUUUUCCAUUUCCAUUUUUUGUAUUUGGUGAAAAAAUAAGAACAAGAGCUGUAUCAUGUAAACAAAUGACAAUGGUAUCACCAAUUCAUUUAUUGUUAUUUGGUUCAAGAAAAGUUGAAUAUAUUGAUAAUGUUGUACGUCUUGAUAAUUGGAUUAAUUUAGAUAUUGAUCCACAACAUGCUGCAUCAAUUGUUGCAUUAAGACCAGCAUUGGAAAGUUUUGUAAUACGUGCAUCAAAUAAUCCAGAAACAAUUCUUGAUGUUAGUCCAAUUGAAGAAAAAGUAUUGUCUGUUAUUAAAUCAUUGUGUGGAAUGAAUGCUGGAAGAUAUGAAAUGGAACCAAUAACAUCUGGUGGAUUUCAAUCAAGAAGACCACCAAGAGGUCAUUCUACUAGUUUUUCAAAUGAUGUACCAGCUAAAUUAAUGCGAAGUGAUAAUGAUUACAGAGAUACAAGAGGAUAUUCUGGAUAUAAUAAUGAACACAGAGGGCAAGGAGGUUUUAGAGGUCCACCACGUGGUGGUAAUGGUGGAUUUAGAGGUUCAUUUGGAAGAGGAGGAGGUGGUGGUAAUUUUAGAGGCAGUUAUGGAAAUCAUGGUGGAGGCUUUGGUGGACCAUCCAAUCAAGGAUUUCAAAAUAGAUAUUAAUUUAUAUAACGCAUGUUCUCCUAUUCGUCAAUUUAAUGUUGUCUACAAUUAUUAAAAAAAAAAUAUUUCUUCAAUAAUAAUUAGUUUUUUAUUAAUUUAUAUAUAUUAAACUAAUUAUACGUUUUUUUCUAAAUUUUAUAUUUUAAUUUUCUUUAUUUUAUUUUAUAUUUAAAAUACAAUUUCUGUUUUAUUUUUUUUUUUUCGUAUGAUAAUUGACAAUAAAAAAAAAAUGAAAAAAAUUAAA